AUGAAAUUGCCCAAGGUAUAUAUGGCAGUUGGAUAUCCGAAGCCGAUAGUACCUCGGAAAUUACAGCAAACCAAAAACAAACCUGACGAGCCUUCUCUUGAGUGUGGUGAAAUCUGUAGUUAUGAGGUGAAAGUUGAAGAGAAGAGGAAGUACUAUCCGUAUAUCCGGAAAACCGUCAACUGUGGCUCAAUAAUGAAACGCAUGGCACUCAAUCCAGCAACUCCAAAGGUACCACCAAAAAAAAUCCCUGCAGAAUUAUUUGAUGAGUUUACCCAAAAUGGGGAACUUCCUAAUAAAAAUUAUUGGUAUAUUAAUGACAAGAAAAAGAUUUCAAAUAUCAACAGGCAGAAACAUUUUACAAAGGACGCAAUUGAACAACUAAUAAAAAACGACAAGGCAGGGAAAAUAAUUGGGACAUAUGAAGUAGAGGAACCUAAAAAGUCAAUAACCGCAUAUAAAAAUGAAAUAAGUAACAAGCGUGGAGUUGUGAUUGGAUCCCAAUCACCCUGGCUUGAAGCAUUGGCCUUAUCUGCUGGUGCAAAACACAUGACGACACUUGAAUAUAACAAUAAUUCGUUCCUUCAUCCUAACAUAACCAAAAUCCACCCGUAUGAUAUGGCAAAAUUAUACGCAAAUGGUAGUGUUCAAGAGUUCGAUUUUGCAUUAUCGUAUUCAUCAAUUGAACAUUCUGGAUUAGGUCGCUAUGGAGAUCCUCUUAAUCCAUAUGGAGAUCUUGAAGCAGCUGCGCAAGUUUGGUGCAUGCUUAAACCAGGGGGAUUAUUUAUUCUCGGACUUCCAGAAACACAUAAUGAGACAUCGUAUUCCCUCCCUUUAAAACAAGGUUGCGUCGGCAAUUUAGUCCCGCCUCGCCUAGUUAAAGGUAGCUACACUAGCUACAUUAUAUAACAGGAUGAAAACUCCCAGGGUUCAAAGAUGACCGUAACUCCAAUGGAAAUAUAUAAGGGGGACCAUCAUUGCUGAAUAGUCGCAUGACGAAAACAAAAUGGCGAUUCUAUUUUUUUAAAAGAUGUAAUAAUAUAUUAAUUUCUAAGGUGUGGUACCGUAUUGAAUAACUUAAUAGUAGAAAUUCGGACAAUAACGAAAGUGGUAAGGAUGAGAGAUAAUUUUGAGGUCAUCUUUGAGCUCUGGGAUUUUCCCGCCACUUAGUUAUCAAAUACUUCAAUUGGUACAAAGAAUAAUCGAAAAACCAACACAACUUUAUGGAUUGAAAACAAUAAAUGAACUUUAUUUUUGCAAUGUACAUGUUUAUAAAUAAG